UCAACAGUACGCUUCACUUUUUACGCCGACCUAUCCGCACGUCCCCAAACAUUAAAAUCAGCUGACGGCGGUUGCGCGGACCUUGAAACUCACCGGUGUCGCGACGUCAACGGCGUCGUCUCUCUUUGUGUACUUAACGAAAACUUGUGCGUUGUGCGAGAGGUGUGAGAGUGUGCGGUGUGCGCGGAUAAUAAUACAACACACGCUCCGUGUGCGGUGUGUGCAGGUAGGAGUAGACCUGGCAUAGGUGUGGGACCAAUGAGCGGCGAGCCGGACGGCCAAUGGCGAACAUCCGAUGAAUGUUUAUUGCCGCGGGGCUCAGCCGUCCGCCGCCAGCAGCGUGUCCACGGCCGUCGAGUCUGUCGGUAGCUAAGGGGUGCGUUCGGUGCGCGCGUACUGCACACGCGAUACCCAAAACACGUCGUACGAGCUUCCAAUUUGCACACCAACCGUAUGUGACGCAUGCAUCCGCGCAGCGCUUUUCAUUUGUUUUUCGUCCGUGUCUCGGUUUUCAACGCGGCGCAAAACUUCUGUGCAUCACAACUCAUUUAAAUUGACCUACAACAACAUCCCUUGCUUGAUGGAAGAGGUGCGAUCACAGCCACAACAACAACAACAACAUGGGAUCAACAGGAGCUGGAGCUGCACGUGGACGUCGAAAACAAGCGAAACCACAACGCAAAGUUGAGUUGGAAACCAAUGCGGCCGAAGGCUCCGCGCAGUACAAUUCGAUUCUAACCGAGAUCGCAGAAACCGCAACGGCGUCCUCAAUGAGUCCCGACACCAACCACAACGAACUGACAACAGAGAACCAAAACUCCCAUAAACCACCUGAACAGGUCUCUGGUCAGCAGCAGGAUCUGCAAGUGUACUUGCAGCGCAGUGAUACAGCUGUCAUCUAUCCCGAAUCCGUCGAUACCACCCGCUCCAACGAAAACGUACCAUCCCUCACGCCAAAUGGACUGACCGUCAAAGAUGAGGGCGACUCCCCCGACUACUUCAUCAAGUGUCCACAAUGCCAGAAGGGUUGCCAGACGUUUCAGCAGCUGAAGGAGCACAUGGAAGCUUCGCAUUCGGAGGCGUGCGCCUCUGAGAACGGUGGCGGCGCGCCGACGGUGUCACCGACGCCGAGUCUUGGUGGUCCCGGCGGGCCGUUUGGAUGCACGCCGUGUUCGAAUGCAUCUUUCCCGACCCAGGAUCAAUUGGUGAAGCACGAACUGCUGGAUUCGCCAAACGCACAAGUCUCUUGCAAAAUUUGCAACAAAACAUUCGCCAAUGUCUACCGCUUGCAGCGACACAUGAUCAGUCACGACGAGAGCGCGUUACUGCGAAAAUUCAAAUGCACCGAAUGCGAGAAAGCGUUCAAAUUUAAGCAUCACUUGAAGGAACACAUACGAAUACACAGCGGCGAGAAGCCGUUCGAAUGCGGCAACUGCGGCAAGCGCUUCUCGCACUCCGGUUCGUAUUCUAGUCACAUGACGUCCAAAAAGUGCUUGGUUAUGAAUUUAAAAUUGGGCCGCACGCGGGGCCCGUCCAGCAAUGCGCUGCUAGAGAAGACGGGCACGCGCGGCCCCAAGCGCGCCGCAAAUCCUGGCAUCAACAACAACAUCACGACGACUAAUCACAACAGCUACUUACCGAUUCUGCCGAAAUACACGGACGCCGCGACGGCACUGUUCCAGAAUCCGGCGAUGCACCCGUUCUACAUGGCGGCGCCAUAUUCGAUACCCAGUAUCGGCCAGAUUCUCGAGCAGAUGAACUGCGUCCCUCCGAAUGCGUCACCAUCGCUCGAUGAGGAUGAUCAUCAGCCUGCCAAUGAAAGCAAGGAUGAGAAAUCGGAUGAUGUGGAAGUCAAGCGCGAAGCAAUCGCGAGGAAUUGUGAUGAGCAGGAAAUUGGCGACGAUGGCGAUGGGAAAUCUACGAAGGAAGAGGUGGUAAUGAAUGGCGCCGUCGCCGCCAUGGGAGAAGACUUCGAAGCUGUGAAGCGAAUUCUUGCGUCGGUGAACGCCACGGUCACCAAGGAGUUUUUCCGCGCCAAUAUGCAGAAAUUCUCCGAUUCGAAUUCCACUUCGAAUGAUGCUCAUAGCAUACGAUCGACGCAUUCGCCGUCCGAGCAUGAAAGUGCCAGUGAGGCUAAGAGCGAGGGGCUAGCUGCUAAGUUAGAGGAAGUCCUUGCGACCAACGCAUCUACCAAAACCGAGAGUGAAUCUCUUAACGGUGCAAUAAGUAGCAAUGAGGAGGAGGGCGAACGUCGGGCCGAGCGCAACGUCGAGUAUGAAAUGGACGGCGAGUCCAUUGCAACCACGGAUGCGCAACUUACCGAGGACGGGCGAAAAGUCCGCGUACGGUCGCUCAUUUCCGACGAACAACUUAAAGUUCUCAAAGAUAACUACGCGCUGAAUCCUCGUCCGAAGCGCGAGGAAUUAUCGAAAAUUGCCGAACAAAUUGGGUUCCCGGUGCGGGUGGUCCAAGUGUGGUUUCAGAAUACGCGCGCACGAGACCGACGAGAAGGUCGGCUUAUUAACGUCCCAUACAGUGCGCCGACAUUGCUGCCGCCCGCCACUAUGAGUUACCUCAAAAUCUGCCAACCAAUGGAAGACCAACCUUUAGAUCUUUCCUUCAAGAGAGAACCUUCCAGGGAUUCGUCCCCGUCAAAUUCUCCUCCGCGGCCAGCAUCCAGCCAUCAUUCCGGCGACUCCGGUGAAGACCUGAUCAAUCUGAGUCACAAAUCUUCGCGAAGUCCCACGCCUUUCCUGCAUGUGCCAUACCAUCAAGGAUCCAAUUCUUCAAUGGACGCGCCACAUCGGUCGCCCUCUCCGAUUGAUGUAAAGAGCAGUCGCCUUGCACAAAUCCUUGCACAACCACAUAAACUAGGUUUAGGGUUAGUGCCCAUGGAGCGAUUGAUGCAAUUCGGGCCACCGGAUCUACCCAGCCUACAACAGAUGAUCAGAAAUAGAAUGUCUAACAUCAGUCCCAAUUCCGAUAAGCGAUCAUCAUGCUGGGGCGAGAAUGGCGAUCUGAAUGUGGACGACGACGAUUCCAAUAGUAAACGUGCAAAGAUGUCUUCGCUGCACAUGAUGACCAAGAGUCUGGGCAGUCCGAGCACACAAGAUGGCGAAUCGGAAGGGCAGUUUGCGUGCGACCAGUGUGAUAAAUCUUUUGCGAAGCAAAGCUCCUUAGCGCGUCACAAAUAUGAACAUUCAGGCCAACGUCCUCACAAAUGUAAUGAAUGUCCAAAGGCGUUCAAACAUAAGCAUCACCUAACGGAACACAAGCGACUCCACAGCGGCGAGAAGCCAUUUCAGUGCUCCAAGUGCUUGAAACGUUUCUCGCACUCGGGUUCCUACAGCCAGCACAUGAACCAUCGUUACUCAUACUGCAAACCGUACAGAGAAUCGCCAGCGCCUAUUAAAAACGAAGUAAGAACCGACUUAUUCUAAAUUUGCAUAAAUGAUAUGAUUUUGCGCUCAAAUACGUUGGAAGUUGUUUACUUAGCAUAAUUGUGUUUAUCGGCCGGUACCUGUUAAAUACUCAAACGUAGAGUCGUAGCAGUUGUAACGAAUCCAACUGUCUUCCACGUGAUACAGAAAUGUAGAUGGUUUGGUACCAAGAUUUUUUUAGAAUUUUGCAGGCAUUUUGCGGGCACCGUGUAGCAAUCUUAUUCGAUAUUGAAAAUGAAUCUAAGUCAUGUUUGGUGCAAUCAACAACUUGAUAAUGCAAUAUAACGCACACACGUCUUGCAAUCGUUUCUAAGUUUCCAAAUUAAAAUUACUCUGGAUGGGAGUAAUCUGUGAUUUGAAUAUUGGCAUGCAUUAGUUAACAACGAGCCAGACAAGAGAUUUAUUCGAUUUUAUUUAAGAAAAACUAAGUUUGUAGAUAUGUACGAUACCAGAAUUUAAAUAUAUAUUAUAUAUAGAUGCUAUUUAAGUGCCAUACCAAUGAAUUUAUUAUAGAAUGUAAUAACAAAUUGAACAAAACAAAAGGAAAACGCAGAUAUUUCACCGAAAAGCAGGUGUUGUAGGAUAGGAUUUGGUUUCUAAUACAUCGAUUAGUCUUUAGUCCAUGCCUUUCAUUGCUUUGGAGUAAAAAAUAAAUGAAAACAAAAACAAACGAAGACGAAACGAAAUGAGUACAAUAAUGUUAUAAUUUAGCCAGGAAGAGUAAAACACACGUCCGACCCACGCGACGUUUUCAUGACAAUACCUAGUGCUGAUAUAAUAGAUGUCACAACAACAAAUACAAUGAACAAAUGGUGCAAGUCGUCGUAUUUAUUUAUUGAUUCUGAUGUGAGAGAUUUCACGAACAAGAGACGAGCGGAACUAAGUAAUGAUAAAUUUUAUAAGCAUUUAAUUGACCUAAGGAAACUUACAUGAGUUUACCAAAUGAAAAAAAAAACACUAAAGAAUUAAUGGAAAAAACCAACGGUGAUUGUGUUACCCGAUCGAAUUGAAAAUAUUUUAUAAUACUUUAACGCCAGUAAUGUACGUAAUGAUUGACAUUACUAAUUAAACAAUAACUACGAUUAAUUAUGAAAAAUAUAUAUAUAUAUUAUUCUAAGAUAACUUAAAGAUAUGUAUGAAUCAUUCCAAUUUAAAAAGAGAAAGAAAGGAAUAUAUUAAAAGUGUACCUAAAUCUUAAGAUAUAAAUAUUUCCAUGGUGUGUGAGGUAAUAGUGUUAAGGAUUUGUUGACAAUAACAAAAACGUAGCCAUUUGAUAUGAAACUAUUUACUUACGAUAAGUACUGCUAUAGUUAUUGCAAAUAUAUAAAUAUAUAUAUAUAGCAUUUAAUAAUUCAAACAUUAACAAUGUGAAUCUCAUGUGAAUCAAUUCGAAGACGAAGGGAAAAACUUAAGAUACCAUUUGCAAGAAAUUAAACUAUUAUUAUAUAAAAAGUAUAUAUAUUAUAAAUUUUAUUAUGAAAUGAUUACCGUAAGUUCGAUAAAUCUCUGUGUAUAGGUAGGGUUUUUGGUGAUGAGGGAUGUAAAUAUUUAUAUACAUAGAAAGAUAAACACGGCGAUAUUGAUGAUUUUCAAAAUGAGGCACACACUUUUAAAUUUCUCGUCCCUUAUUAUCGCAAUUAAUGUUUCUCUAAUGUCCAACUGUCUUCAAAGCGUUAAGAUUAGUCCUUGUCUAAAAAAACACACACACUAAAGGAAACAUGAUUUCAUCUUAUUUUUUAUACUUAUAGAAAUAUAUACAUACAAUACCAGAUUUAUAAAAACAAAAAUUUAUAAUUAUUAGACUUACUUAUUGAUUCUAUUGCCGAUAUUAUGUGCAUUAACUUUUAUUAUUGUUGUUGUGUGAAUGGUAGAUGUAUUGUUUUAUUUUUUAACCAAUUUUUUUGCGUCGAAUGUUAAUUUUUAUAUAAUUUUUUUUUCACAACUGGCUAGUACUACCAAAGAAAUCUGUAAUUAGAUUCACAGCCAUUUUUUUAUUUACUUCCGUGUAAUCUUAGUUUAUAUAAACGUUUUUUUAUGUGCAAAUUUUGUUACCUUUGUUUAAAAAAUUUUUGGUUCUGUGAGCACGUGUAUAAAUUGAAUCGAUAAAUGAAAUGUCAUUCGCAAGGAUGUUACUUGUACAUUCUCUAUAAUAAUAAUUGAUUAUAUAAAUAAGACGUUGAAAUUGUAUUUUACUCAAUGCGACAUGAAUAAUACAUAAAUAAAGUAUAAGAUUAUUGUGUUAA